CUCACCGAUUUUGUUUACCAUCGCUUGAAAAUUUAUAGUACACUUAUCUUAAAAAAUUUAAAGUUUAGUUGCUUUAAUAGAUAAAACAAGAUUUAUAUCAUGUCUUUCCGAUUGUACAAAAAAUUGUCUGCCAUUGGGAUGGGUUCGUUAGGUGGAAUUUCACUUUAUUACUUCUUGAACACAAGUGAAUCUAAAUUAAAAAAAGUUCAUAAUUCGUGGACCACAAAUUAUACACCAUCAGUUAAAUGGGACUCCAAUUGGGAUCAUAGAGCAGCUACGAGCCUUUCGAAGCCUCUUUCUAAGGAUGCUACUCCUGAAAAAGAAAAUGCUUUCAAUGAGAAAUUGGAGAAAACAAAAUCGAAAGCCACUCGUCACUUAAUUAUGAUAAGACAUGGUCAAUAUAACUUGAACGGAGCUACUGAUACUGAACGAAUUCUUACCGACAUCGGUCGUCAUCAAGCAAAGCUCACUGGAAAGCGUUUGGCUGAAUUAAAAAUUCCGAUUGAUGAUGUUGUCAUUUCAACAAUGACUCGAGCUCAAGAAACAGGAAAAAUAAUAUUAAAGGAAUUAAGUGAUUCUAAAAUCGCUAUAAGUCAUGAUUCAUUAAUCGAAGAAGGAGCUCCAAUACCGCCAGAACCUAAAGUUGGUCAUUGGCGACCGGAACAAUCGCAGUUCUUCCAGGACGGAAGUAGAAUUGAAGCUGGUUUUCGUGCUCAUUUUCAUCGUGCGGAUCCAAAUCAAGAAAAAGAUUCUUACACGGUGCUUGUAUGUCAUGCAAAUGUAAUUCGUUAUUUCGUUUGUCGUGCUUUACAGUUUCCACCUGAAGCUUGGCUAAGAAUCUCACUUCACAAUGCAUCAAUCAGCUGGAUUACAAUUUAUCCUAAUGGAAGAGUCAUUUUACGUUCACUUGGCGAUGCGGGUCACAUGCCAUUGAAAUAUUUAAGCACUACUUGUUUUUCGUACACGGUACUAAGAAGAAAGUUAAGAAAAAAAGUUAAAUUUAAUAAAAAUAUCAAAAUGAAGAGCACAUUUCUACUGGUUCUUCUCAUUUUACCUACAAUCAUUUUAACAUUAGAAGGCAAUAAGAUCUUUGCACAUGCAAACGAGGAUGAAAUUGACGAAGAUUUAGUUGAUGUUGAAAAUGAGAACGAAGGUGAUAAUGAAGAUUCUGAAAGUGCUCUCGUUGGCGAUGAUGUGGAGCCCGAUGAAGAUAGUGAAAGUACAACGUCACCGGAUGCUAACACUCACCUUCUUUUCGUUCGACCACUCUACACACCAGGCUCACAACUUGAAUUACCUGGCGGUGUUCCAGUAGAAUUUCUCAUUGGUUUCCUCAACAAAGGCAAAAAUGAUUUUAUUAUUGAAACCGUUGAAGCUUCAUUCCGUUAUCCAAUGGACUUCAAUUAUUUCAUUCAAAAUUUCUCAGCUAUUGGCUAUAAUCGAGAAGUGAAGCCUGAUAGUGAAGCCACCGUACUUUAUUCGUUCCUUCCUUCGGAAUCAUUUGCUGGACGACCUUUCGGAUUGAACAUUGCAAUUAAUUAUCGCGAUUCAAAUGGUUCACCAUACACCGAAGCUGUGUUCAAUGAAACUGUUCUUAUUACUGAAGUUGAUGAAGGAUUCGAUGGCGAAACAUUCUUCCUUUACGUUUUCUUGGCAGCUAUCGUCAUUUUGUUAUUGGUUGUUGGACAACAAUUCCUUGGAUCAUUUGGAAAGAGAAAGCGUUCACAAACUGUUCGUAAGCAGGUCGAAACAGGAACAACAAAUAGCACUGAUAUCGAUUAUGAUUGGUUGCCAGCACAAACUUUAAGAAAUCUUCAAAAUUCACCAAAUGGAAAAGGAAAAAUUUCACCGAAACAAAGUCCUCGUCAACGUAAAGCAAAACGUGCUGCUGGUGAUGACUAAAUGACAUUCAAUCCUUGAGAUUCAUUCUAAAUGGUUUUUAAAUUACAUCAACAUGAUCAACAAAACUAAAUAAAAAAGAAAAUAAAAAUUUUAGACUGUGAAUUAAAUUUGAGUGAAAAUUUGGAAAUCUUUAAAAGAUUUUUCAUCACUCAACGAAUGUUCUGCGGAUUCAUAGUUUCAUAAACAAUAUCAUUUUCCUCCCCCACCAUCAUUAAUAAGUCACUCAAUUAACAACAUCAACAGCAACGCAGAACUGCAAUCAUUUUUGCAAGAAAAACAAAAUGUUUCAUCCUUCUUCUUAGCUAAGAAGACUUAAAAUAAAUUCUCAUAUGUUUGAAUGUAAAAUUGUUUUCUUAAGCAAAUAAAAAAACAAGAAAAAUUCA